AAUCUCCUUUAAGAAGGUUGAAGCAAAAGCAAAAGCCCAAAAAAAGAAAGAAAGAAAACAGACUGAAAGCAGAUAAAUAGAGUUUAAGUGUUUGGAGCAGAGAAACCGAAACGAACAAACAAGAACAUGAACAGUACCAACUCAGGAGCUACAACUUCGACUAAAAGCAAGAUACCAAUGGAGGAGAACCAAGAAGAAGAGAUAUGGCGAAACUUUCAAGCCCGAGAAGAAGAGAUCGAGAGAAAGAAGAUGGCGGUUAAGGACAAGAUUCAACAGCGACUUGGGUUUGCAGAGGAAGCCACAAGAAGCUUGACACAGACAUUGGAAGGGCUAGAGAUCAUGGGAGAUCCAAUGAGGAAGGAAGUGGGGAUGGUAAGAAAGAAAAUCGAGAUGGCAAAUCGAGAAAUCAAAUCUUUGUCUCAGAGCUGCCAGAAGAAGGAGAGGGAAUACAAAGAGAUACAUGAGGCUUUCGACGAAAAGAACAAAGAGAAAGCACACCUUGUUUCAAUCUUAAUGGAGCUACUAGCUGAAAGUGAAAGAGUAAGGGUGAAGAAGCUGGAAGAGAUCAACAAGACUAUUGGGUCCUUGCGAUAAUCAAUUCUACCUUUUACAUGGGAACUGUUUGAGGUUUUGGAUCAUUUAUGGAUUAAAGUUCCUCUACUGAAGUGUGAGAAAAGGUGUAAAAGAAUGUAAUGGAAAAACGAUUUGCCUCAGGGAUUUAAGAAAUUCAUACCUAAAGAUAUUUUUGU